GCUGCCCAGCCUGCAAACCAUCACCAUAACUGGGCUAAAGACCCAGACUAUCAGCCUCCAUCUGGGGGGGUCAAAAAGGCCAAGAAGGGGAAGAAGAGUCGCCUGCGCUACGCUGAAGGAGACAAGGACAUGGACGUCAGCGUGUACGACUUUGAAGAGGAGCAGCAGGAGGGCCUUCUGUCUGAGGUCAAUGCAGAGAAAGUAGUCGGCAACAUGAAGCCUCCAAAGCCCACAAAGAUCAAGAAGAAAGGGGUGAAGAAGACUUUCCAGUGCGAGCUGUGCAGCUACACAUGUCCUCGUCGCUCCAACCUGGACCGGCACAUGAAAAGCCACACCGAUGAGAGACCCCACAAAUGUCACCUGUGUGGAAGGGCCUUCAGGACAGUGACACUGCUGAGAAAUCAUCUCAACACACACACAGGGACUCGACCACACAAGUGCACAGACUGUGACAUGGCCUUUGUGACCAGUGGAGAACUGGUGCGUCACCGUCGCUACAAACACACACAUGAGAAGCCAUUCAAAUGCUCCAUGUGUGACUACGCCAGUGUGGAGGUGAGCAAACUGAAGCGGCACAUUCGCUCCCAUACUGGGGAACGUCCCUUCCAGUGCAGUCUGUGCAGCUACGCCAGCAGAGACACAUACAAGCUGAAGAGACACAUGAGGACACACUCAGGAGAAAAACCUUAUGAGUGCUACAUCUGCCACGCCCGAUUCACCCAGAGCGGAACCAUGAAGAUGCACAUCCUGCAGAAACACACAGAGAACGUGGCCAAGUUCCACUGUCCACACUGUGACACGGUCAUCGCACGCAAGAGUGACCUGGGGGUUCAUCUGCGGAAGCAGCACUCGUUUAUUGAGACCGGGAAGAAGUGUCGAUAUUGUGAUGCUGUUUUCCAUGAGCGCUACGCUCUAAUCCAGCAUCAAAAGUCCCACAAGAAUGAGAAAAGGUUCAAGUGCGACCUGUGUGAUUACUGCUGCCGUCAGGAGCGCCACAUGGUCAUGCACCGGCGGACCCACACAGGAGAGAAGCCGUUCGCGUGCAGCCAGUGUGAAAAGACCUUCAGGCAGAAGCAGCUGCUGGACAUGCACUUCAAACGCUACCACGACCCCAACUUUGUUCCCACAGCUUUUGUUUGCCCCAAGUGUAGCAAGACGUUCACCCGCAGGAACACCAUGGCUCGUCAUUCUGAGAACUGUGGCGGGGAGGUGGAGGAGUUUGAGAACGGAGCUGCCACUCCAAAGAAAGGCAGGAGAGGAAGGAAGAGGAAGAUGAGAAGCAGAAGGGAUGAGGAUGAUAGCGAAGAUGACAUCCCCGAACAAGACGAGGGUGAGGAUGAGGGUGAAGAAGAAGCAGCACUGCUGCAGGAGGAGGAGGACCUGGAGGGCAUGGAGCUAGACCAGGCUCCUGCUGUUAUCCCAGUUGUGGCCCCAGAGGAGCCUCCAGUGAAGAGAAAACGAGGCCGACCCCCCAAGAACCCCAAACCUCAGACCCCCAGCAGAGUCGGGGCUGCUUCUUCUGCUGCCACGAUUCAGGUGGAGGACGAGCUGACGGGCGCAGUAGAGAACAUCAUAGUGAAAAAGGAGGGGGGCGACGCAGCACCUUCUGUGAAGCAGGGAGCGGGCCUGACAGUGGAAGGAGGGGUGGGUGGUGGUGAGGGGGUGGAGGAGGUGGAGCUGACUGUGAACCAGGAAACAACAGCAGCUACUGCUGCUAAUGGAGAUCUCACACCAGAGAUGAUCCUCAGCAUGAUGGACCGCUGAGCAGCAGAGGGUGGAGGCCCCACCCUGUGCUCCACCUGCACCCCUCCAGCUCCACUCUGGUCCAGGCUGAGCUGCUCUCUGACCGUUAAGACUUUUCUCCACUGAAUCAAUCUGCUUGUUUUGCUACUUUGUCCUACUCAAAGCCACAUCCUGUCUGCCUGUGCCCACACACAUUUCAGUUCAUGUGCACACACAAUCCCCCUGUGUGUGUGUGUGUGUGUGUGUGUGUGUGUGUGUGUGUGUGUGUGUGUGUGUGUGUGUGUGUGUGUGUGUGUGUGUGUGCACUAACAUCUGAAAACACCAAGUAACAGAAUUAGAGUUUUCUGUUGCGCUUGCUGUUUCUCCAGCCUGUCAUUAACAUCUGACUCUUUCUGAAGGCGGCCAUCUUGUGCUGUGACCCUAAAGAGCAGAACCAGAAGCCAUGCUAUGGUUCUCUGUGCUGCUCUGACUUCUAUUUCAGGGUGCGAUGUAACAUAGCAACACUUUUCCAGUCAUUCAACAGUUUUUGUCUGAAAUCCAGAGUUUGUCAUUUCUUAUCCGUUCCUUCGCUGUGGUCUUUAGGGUCUCCAUGGCUGGUGGCUCGUUGCUGCUGUUGGUCUGUUAGUUUGGUCCAUUUCAUUUACUCAGACACAAACAAGGCUGGGGGACUUGGAAUAGACUGCUUCUUUAUCCUUUAUGUUUAGCUCUCCUGUAAGCAGUGUGUGUGUCAGCUUACACACUGCUGACACACACACCCUGGUCCUUAGAGCUACUUGAACCACAGCGUUCUCUGCUGCCUCACAGGCGGGGCCAAGCACCAGUUGGUGAAGCAUUUACUCCAAAUUGGAGGAAGAAAAGAAAAGAAAAAAAGAUUUAAGUCCAGAAAGUUUCAGAAAUCAUUGGAACAAACUUCUCCCAAAACGUUUUCUCCUGUUUCAAAACUGUGUUUGCCGCCGCCAUCAUUCAGAGUCCUGAUGUUCCCUGGCGGACUGUGAUGUCACAGUGUGUGAAGUUGAUGUUUUCCCUGAUCGAAGCAAUCCAUCAUGUUAGGAAGGUUCUUCCACAUCGUGCUCUGCAGUGUGAAGAACCCACUGGGCCUGAGCAACCAGUACCAGCAUGGUGGUGUUUGUGAACAUUCCACAUGUUUUUAGGUGAUGAGGUUUUCUAACUUCUAACUUUUCAGUCUCACUUCCUGCUCUGCUGCCAGCAGUCAUCACACAGACCAGCUGACCUGGACCUGGACCUGAAACUGGACCCAAACCCAGACCUGGACAUAAAACUGGACCCGGACCUGUCUGCUGGCUUCCAUGUACAUAAACGUUUUAAACCUUCCUGGAAGAAAGCCUUUCCUUUCUGAUUUUGAUAAUGUUUUAAAAAGCGACUAAAUGUCUUUCUGGUGCUCUGACUGGAUCCUGGUGAUCACUUGUGAUUUCCAGCCAAAGAUCAGCCCAAACUAAACCAGAUGAGCCACUUUGUCAUUUCCUGUGUGUUAUUUUAUUGCUUUACACUUUUUAUUUUCUAGUUGCCUCUUCACUGUUUCUCCUUUGAUUUGGUUAUUCUUCCAUCUGUAAAACAGUGUCCGGACUGCAGCACCUGAUUGGGUGGUGAAGCCCUGUUUGAGUUUUCCUGUUUUUCAAAGGUUCUGUUUGCCAUGAGCUGUUUCUUGAUUGGUUAGCUGUCCUGUGGUGAGAUGAAGCCUUAUUGGAUGUGUUUGCAUGUCAACUUCAUGCAAAUCAAAAACUCAAAAAUCUUUGUUAAUAGGCUUCCCUAAUGUCAUCAUCUGCUGUAUCUCCAGGAAUGUUAGUUGUAUGAAUCGCUUCAGAUAUCUGUCCUGUCCUGCAGCUGUUCAGUUCCAGCUACGUCUGGAACCUGUUUCCUACCAUCUCUGUUUUCUGCUGUAAUCUGAGAUCUGCUCCUAUAAAAUGAAAGCUAAUGUGCUGUGUUGCUGUUGGACAUCUGGACACAGCUCUGAUUUAUUUGAUCAUGUUUUUGGCAGAGAACCUGCCUGUUCUAAAUCCAACAGAACCAGAAACGUUGACCAUGCCAUUUCUUUAGUUACCACUCUGUACAGAUAAUACUGAACAAUAAAAUCACUGUAAUGGA